UCUAUUUUUAGCGCACCUGCCGGAAAUAACCUCCGCUAUGCGACCUCUUCCGCCAUCUCCAUUUCGGGAAAAGACGACAGUGACAUAAUGCCUACCGAGGCAGUAGAAAAACCUGUCGAGGAGACGAAACCUGAAGACUCAGGGUCUGCAACAGAUACUGAUGGGGACGAUGAUUCCCCACCCGAAUUGGAGGACCAAGAUGCUUCGAUGCAACAGCAAAGCCAGGUGGCACAGGCAGCAGGUAUUCAAGAGGAACUUGUCAGCAAGUCGAAACAGUCACGUAGUGAGAAGAAAGCCAGAAAGGCUAUGUCCAAACUUGGUUUGAAACCCGUCACAGGAGUUACCAGGGUAACAAUAAGGAAAUCUAAAAAUAUUCUGUUUGUAAUCAACCGACCAGAUGUAUACAAGAGUCCAGCUUCAGAUACAUAUAUUGUAUUUGGCGAGGCAAAGAUUGAGGAUCUGAACCAACAAGCCCAGAUGGCAGCAGCCGAGAAGUUCAAGGCUCCAGAGAACCCUGCUGGUGCUGGGGAAGGCGGAGUCCAGUCCACCAUCUCACAGCCCAUCCAGGAGGAGUCCGAGGAGGAGGAAGAUGUUGACGAGUCUGGAGUUGAAGCUAAAGAUAUUGAGUUGGUCAUGUCGCAAGCCAACGUCUCGAGAUCAAAGGCAGUCAAAGCCCUCAAAAAUAACAAUAAUGAUAUUGUUAAUGCUAUUAUGGAGCUGACAAUGUAACCAGCGCUGAAUCAUGCUGCCGUUGUCCUGUAAAUUUGUUUCCUCUUGUUUAUUUACUGUCGCCUGUACAUCUGUGUGUAUAAAACCCAUCAUGGGAAUAAAACAUUUUGAUAAAA